AUGGAGUCACCUGGUGGGCAGCCUUCCCCAGUGCCCUGGAAAAGGAUGACCAAACAUUUGACAAGAAAAAGAGAUGAUACACCAUUACAUUCUGCAGCUAGAGCAGGAAAUCUGGGUGUUGUAAUGGAGAUCCUUACUGGUACUGGAGAAGAAGAAUUGAAGGGAUUGUUAGAGAAGCAAAACCAAUCAGGAGAAAUUGCCCUUUACGCUGCCGCAGAAUACGGUUAUGUUGAUGUGGUUAAAGAGAUGAUAAAAUAUUAUGAUCUUGCUGAUGCUGGUAUCAAAGCAAGAAAUGGGUUUGAUGCAUUCCAUGUGGCUGCAAAGCGAGGGGAUUUAGAGAUAUUGAGAGUCCUAAUGGAGGCCCAUCCAGAAUUGUCUAUGACAGUUGAUUUAUCAAACACUACAGCUUUGCACACGGCUGCGACACAAGGACAUAUAGAGAUUGUGGAUUUUUUGUUGGAUUCAGGAAGUAGCCUAGCAACCAUUGCUAGAAGCAAUGGAAAAACUGCCUUGCAUUCUGCAGCUAGAAAUGGGCACUUGGAGGUUGUGAGAGCACUUUUGACCAUGGAGCCCGGGAUGGUGACAAGGAAAGAUAAAAAGGGUCAGACGGCACUUCACAUGGCAGUGAAGGGGCAGAAUAUUGAGGUGGUGGAGGAGCUGAUUAAUGCAGAGUCUUCAUCUGUAAACAUGAUUGAUACUAAGGGCAAUUCAGCCUUACAUAUAGCAACCAGGAAAGGAAGAACUCAGAUUGUUAGGCUGCUACUUCGGCAUAGUGAAACUGACAUAGAGGCUGUUAAUAGGACUGGUGAAACUGCUGUCGAUACUGCCGAAAAAAUGGGCCACCCCGAAAUUGGAGUCAUUUUGCAGGAGCAUGGAGUUCAGAGUGCCAAAAUGAUUAAGCCACAGGAAAAUAAUCCAGCACGAGAGUUGAAACAAACAGUAAGCGACAUAAAACAUGAAGUCCACUACCAGCUAGAACACUCACUUCAGACUACAAAGCAUGUGCAAGGCAUCGCUAAAUAUGUCAACAAAAUGCACGUAGAAGGUCUUAACAAUGCCAUCAACUCGACAACUGUAGUUGCUGUUCUCAUUGCAACAGUUGCCUUUGCAGCCAUCUUCACCGUCCCUGGUCAAUAUGUAGACAACCCUGGAGAAAUCCCCCUGGAAUUCGUGGUGGUGCAGACGUCAGUUGUAGUCAUAAAGAGCAAGGCAAAGAAGCAGUUGAUGGCAAUUAUAAAUAAAUUGAUGUGGAUAGCUUGUGUCCUUGUUUCGGUUGCAUAUUUGGCACUAUCCUACGUUGUGGUGGGUGAGCAUGAGAAACGGUUGGCAAUUGGUGUGACAAUUAUAGGAGCAACUAUAAUGGUUACAACUUUGGGUACAAUGUGUUUUUGGGUGGUCCAGCAUCGGAUUGAGGCGUCAAAUAUGAGGAGUAUACGAAGAUCAUCACCGGGGAGCAGGUCACGCUCAUUUUCAGUUUCUGUGAUGUCGGAUUCUGAGAUUUUAAACCACGAGCAUAAGAAAAUGUAUGCAAUUUAG